AUGGAUUACUUUAACUGUCGAAGGCGCCUCUCAUCGUGCGUCACCAUCCUUCUUCUCGUCCACUCUGUUCCCAAUUUCGCACUGCAGAUAAGAGGACUUCAGGUCAUCAAUGACGACACCGGGACAUUUUCGGGGCCCUUGGGCUUUCCGCGAAAUUUCAGCUGGUAUGGAAGUAGCACAGAUAACCGCAAUGACUACAAAAGGCUUUUAGAUAUCAUCAACUUUCCCGAAGACGGAACGGGACAAGUGCACUCGUACCCCUCGCUUGUCCAUUCCGGUUGCCCGACUCCGUUCCGGAUCCCGAAAGAUUUGAACACCUCGAGCAUCUACACAAUCUAUUGGCUGUGGAAUACAACUGAGCCGUUCGAAACUGGAUUCCAAGUCAAGUUCCAAAGCAAUGGCCCUCUCGAGCUUGACUCUGACCUCUACACAUUCCAUUUGCCCAACUCGCCAGGUAUCAACGGCAGGUGGGUCUAUGAUCGGGCACCGUUUGAGCCUGUCGGGUAUAACAAGUCCGACUUCAGUAUCACGUUCGAUACAGUGUUCCAGGACACCAUCAUUUUCCUCAACAAGUACCUUGUCUCCCAUCUCAACCCUAGGCAGUACGCAUGA